AUGAAAGGAAAAGUACAAACAGUCGGCGAUUAUGAAGAAGGAAGUUUCGAUUCAAUUUCCAUAAGGAAGGAGGAUCAGUUCAAGUUCAAAGUUGAUGCCACCGUAUGCCCUGUAGGCCCUAUCGUCCCUGUAGUCCCUACGGUUCCUUCCAACUCUGUCAUACUUGUCACCUCUACGGGAAACUUUUACAUCCAGCACUUGUCAAGGUACUGUCUUCUCAUGCCCGAAUUUGAACCCGUCUCACAAGAAAUAGCAGCAGCAACGCGGAAAGCCAGAUCAGCGAGGUCCGAAAACAUGGCUUGCAUACCGAGCCUGCCCCUCAAUGUGUUCGAGGCCCAACAGAAGCAGGUGGUGGCCGACGGCACCGACUACCUGGCGGACGUCAAGGUUCGCCUCAAUGUGGUUCGGGGUGGAUUCGACGAUACCGCAACCGAUUUAGGAUUCGCCAGAGACGAGCCCAUCACCUUCAAUGGCCUCGACGACCUCACCCGCGUCGCGACAGUGGCGGCGUUCAUGGAGCAAGCGGCACCGUACAGGCAAACCCAAAGGCGAGUCGUAAAUCUGGGAGAAGCGAUCAGGUCGAUAUGGAAGGAGUUGCCCCUCAAGGGCGUGAUACCCAAGGAGAUCAUUGUCGAGGACGCCGAGGCUAGGCAAGUGGCUGAGAUGCGUGAAAAGAACUCCGAGGUGAUCAAGGAGAAGGCCACCGCAACUGAAGCUCGGCUCCGCAAGGCAGAGAGCUCAGUCAAGAGCCUUCAGUCGGCCCUGCAGAGUUUCUCGGAGACUACACAAGGCGAGCCAGAGAUCGACCAAGACGACAGUGAGAUGGACCAGGACCAAUCGCAAGAGGAUAUGUGCAACGCGUUCAAGAAGUGCGUCACUGGUCUGAAGACGCAGAUAGCUUCCCUCAAGGAACGCAACGCAGCACUCGAGCUGCGAGCAGAUACUACUGAGAGCAACAUCAAGCAUCUUCAAGACAGCCUCGGUACAGAGCAACAGAGGGUUAUGGAUCUCUCAGAUGACAAUAAGAAGGCCAAGAUGAAGCUGAGGGAACUUGGAGAGGACUAUGCUUACGAGAGCACACUGGCGACGACCAAUGGCGGCAAGUAUCUAGAUCUCAAGUCAUUUCACGACAUUCUCAAGAGUGAAAACGCAAAGCUCGAGGCGGAUCACAAAGGCCUCGUCUCGAGUCACCGGGAGGCCAACUCUGCUCAUGGGAAUGCCAUCAGGGAUAUGCAGUUGAAGUUGAGCAAGGCCGAAUCUACCCUCAAAGACUUGGAGUUGAAGUUGAAGGAGGCCCAUUCCAACCAUAGCAAGGCCAAGUCCGCUCACGAGAACGCCAUCAAAGCCUUGGAGAAAAGGCUGUCCGAUGAUGCGACCUCUCACGAAGAGGCAAUCAAGGAGAUUGAGACUAGGAUGACUGAUGCCGUGUUCAGUAAUACAGAGGCCACUACGUCUCCGAAGAAUUCCCAUGUUGAUGAGCUGGUGAAUGUGGCGCAACAGCACGAGGAGGUAAAAGUCAGAGAACACGAUGUGUGGUUUUACACCGCAUCCGAGAAACUGGAGCGCAUGCGAUCGGACCUGGAAGCGGAAAGGACACUGCACAAUAUCACUGUAGCCGAUAUCCAGACCGCGAGAGCAGAGCUCGUCGCGAAGACGACCCACUUUGAUGCCAAGGUCGAGGAGCUCAGGCAAGAGGGUGUUCGCCUCGGCAUGUGGUACCUUCACGAGGCGCCUCAGAUCGCGGUCGUGGAUGACGUAGAUCCCACUUUUCCGGAGUACCUGACGUUGACAAUCCCAGCGGAAGAUGGCGAUUACAGCGGCGAUUGCGAGAUUGUCAGGAGGCAAGGAUGGCCCCUGUGCGUCAUGUUCAACACGGCCAAAAAGGUCUGCUGGUUCGUCAACCCAGACUGCUGCAAGCUUACUCUGCUACAGUGGUCAUUCCGUGGUCCAUCAAGGACGAUGACCAUGGUGGCGAUGGAGGGUAAAGCAAUUUUGUUCCGAGCUCGGGCCUGGCUGGAUGUUCUGAUGGAAUAG